AUGAUUACGAGACACACCACGACUUUGCUUAUUAUAUGCUGUUUGGUCAUAUCUGAUGCAGCGAUCAUCAAGAGGCGUUCCAAAUUCGACUUUCCAACAAAUCUUAUAGGCUUGAAUGACACUGCUGAAGAAUGGUUGAAUCCUUACGUAAUGACUUACGAUCUUGCUGACUUUGGUAAGGAUUUGUUUGAUGGUAUGGCUCCACGGCAUAUUGUAGAUGCUUUAGUUAAUGCAACUACUUCGGAUGAUCCAAUGACAAACCAAUACACUGAACCGUCCGGUACACCGAGAUUACGAGAAGCGAUUGCUAAAGUUUUUUCACCUCUAAUUGGACAGGAAUUAAAAGGCGAAGACAAUGUAUUGAUAACAGUGGGCGCUACCGAGGCUCUUCGAAUAGCGAUUUUCAGCCACACAGUUCCUGGGGAUGAGUGGAUCGUCAUCGAGCCUACUUACAUUAAAUAUAUACCAGAUAUUAAAAUGGCUUGGGGUGUACCGAGAUUGUCACCUUUAAAAUUGGUCACAACUCAUGGGACGAUUAGCGGAGAUGACUGGGUCAUUGAUAAAGAACAGUUGGAAAGUUUGUUCAAUAAAAAAACCAAAGGUAUUAUGCUGAAUAAUCCGUUAAAUCCUCUCGGAAAAGUAUACAAACUAGAGGAAUUGGAAUUCAUUGCCCACUUGGCCAAAAAAUAUGACACAAUAGUUAUCAGUGACGAAGCCCAUGAAUGGAUGACUUUUAAGCCACACAUUAGAAUGGCAUCGCUACCGGGAAUGUUCGAACGAACCAUCACAAUCGGCAGUGCAAGUAAAAGUUUCAGCGUGUCUGGAUUCAGAGUCGGUUGGGCUUACGGUCAUCCAAACAUCUUGAAUCACUUGAAAGUCGCACAUUUGCCGAAUGUCGCUUGUUCGCCUUCGCAUUCACAGUACGCUAUAGCCUAUGCUUUCGAGGAAGAAAGUCGCAAUUCCUCAUUUUUCGCGACUCACGCACAAACGGUAAAACAGGAACGAGAUAUGAUGGUGAAAAUGCUUACAGAGGCAGGUAUAAUUCCUGUUGUUCCCGAUGGUGGAUUUUGUAUGAUAGGCAACUGGUCACCGUUGCGACAGAAAUUACGUGGAAUUAACACUGCCAUGGAUUUUAUCAUUUGGAUGAUUAAGAACAUUGGUGUACUCGGUUGGCCACUUGAAAUGUUCUAUGGAGACGAGCAUAAAUACAUGGCCCGUGAUUAUAUACGAUUUUGCUUUCAUAAGAAUAUCAGUACUCUUGAGAAGGGCGCACGAAAUUUUAAGAAGUUCGCUGAUCUGCUGUAA